GCUUAACACAGAGCCUUUUUCUGAUACAGAGCCCUUUGAAUCAUGCGCAUGCUUUUCCGUUGAACCCACAUAGUUAGUUCAACCUUCUCUUCUCCCCAAGAUGAUGUCCGCAACCGAGGCCGUUCCGAUGCCCGCUGCUCUCGUUGCUGCGCUGUCGAACAGUUUCCGGCAAGUCCCGCCGGCGUCUGUACCGGCAAUGUUGGAUUGUGUUUUAGCUUCAACCGGCAUAUCUCCGUCCUUCCUUUGCUCUUCGCUUCUCGAUGCUUUUCCCAGUCUCACCGAGGGAAAUGACAAUAUUAGUUUCAAGCAGCCUAAUUAUGUCAGAUCAUUUGUUGUUGCGCUCUGUCAUCUUUUGAAGAAAUCAGGGGCUAAUCUUGGUGCUUUGAAAUCAUUUGUGUGGAAGAUACUAGUCCCGUUGAUGAAGUUGGUACAUGCUCAUGGUUGGGAAAUAAUUAACGAGACUGCAGAUUCAUUCUUUGAUGUUGUAACUGAAACAAACACAUGGAAUUAUUUAGAAGCAACCAUGGUGCCAUUUUUGCUAAGAUCAGUUGGUCUGUCUAUGGGGAUGCUUCAAAGUGAAGAAAUGGCUAUAUAUGGAUGGAACGGUUGCUCACUAACUGAUACAUAUGUUAGUGAAGGCUCCAUGAUGUCUGAGUCUGGGUCUUUGCCUUUACAUAUUUCAUGCCAUAUUUUAUCGUCAAUGUUGGAUUCUGCUACCGAAAGUCAAUGUGCCCAUGGAAACCCAUCAAAAUCAAGUUCGGCUAAGGAGACAUGUGAAGAAACCUUAGCAAAAAAUUUGCUGUGGGAUAUUUGCAACAUGGCAGUACGAAUGCUUUUACAAAGUGUUGAACACCGGUCCUGUGCAAUUCAAAUUUUGCUACCAAACAUAUUAAAAGCAUUUGUUGCUCACCAUGCUUUCAAAAUUUCAGUUCGUGGGCAGACAUAUGUGCUUUGCAGGACGUACUUCUUUAAGAAAUUAUGGGCAUGCUGCAGAAAACUAUUUACUCUUGGACCUGUAGAGAGAAGAGAUUCGUACAGUCUGCUGUCUCUUUAUUUGACUUCUUUCUCUUGUACUGAUGGGCAUGAAGCUGAUGACGUGGGUGAUAGGGAAGAACGAUUUGAUGUAAGAGAAGAUAAUGAAUUCUGGGAGGAAAUGAAAAAGGGCCUGGUUGACAAGGAGGGUUUAGUGAGGAAACAGUCAUUGCAUAUAUUGAAGGAAAUGCUGCAGAUAAGUGAGGGAAGCCUUGGCUACUCUGGUGUUUCGGAGACAGCAUCAAGUAGGAAAAGUUCAAUGCCUGAUAGUUUGACAAAAAGGGGGCGGUGGGCUGACAAGGAAGCCAAAUCAUUAGGUGUAGGGAAGAUACGCGAUUCACUCUAUCCCUCUCUAAACAGCCAGGAGAGAUGGGGGGCGUUCUUUCUUUUGUAUGAAAUGCUUGAAGAGUAUGGUACUCACUUGGUUGAAGCAGCAUGGAACCACCAGAUAACCUUGUUGCUGCAUUCUUCAUUCCCAUGUGACGAUUCCCUGAGUGGAGUACUUGAUCAAAAUCAUAUGGAGGCAUCAACUGAUAUAUUUGGUUGGUUAUCUAUUUUGUGGGAAAGGGGUUUCUUGCAUGACAACCCGCAUGUAAGGUGCUUGAUCAUGGAGUCGUUUUUGGGCAUUGACUGGAAGAUCUAUGGAAAUUGCAACGAAUUGGUGCCUGAAGCCUUUGUGCUUGGUCCGUUUGUUCAAGGACUGAAUGAUCCUGUGCACCAUAAAGAUUUUGGAUCAAAAGGUAUAUACUCUUCAAGGACAAUGGAUGGUGCAACCAAGUUUAUGUGUCAAUAUGCUAGUAACCUAUAUUUGAGUUACAGGAAGGGUGUAGCAUUUUUGACCAAUUUAGCAUCUGCUGCUAAAAAGCAAUCUUUGGGGCGAGCUGGAUUAAUGGGCCUUGCAGAAUGCAUUGCUUCAGCUGCCUGUGGAGUGAAAAUACAUUGCGAGAAUGAAGUUGAAUCCUCUAAAUGUGCCCCCUUUGACCCGAUGCAAGUGCCCUCUGCCACACCAAACUCUUUUCAUUGUAGUAAAGCAGAUUUACUGGAUGUUUUGAGGUUUAUCAUAGAGAGCAGCAAGCAACAUUUUAAUCAUAACUAUCGUCUUCGAGUAUGUGAAAAAGUUCUGGAUGUGGCUGCUUCGGUAGUGCACACAUUUGAUGUGUCUCUUGAGAUUCUUCUACAUUUCAUUUCAGCUGUUCCAAGAGAAUUUACUGACUUUGGUGGUUCUUUAACAGGAAAAGUUCGAAACUGGCUUUGUGCUUGUGAUGAUAAACAUUGUACCUCCAAUUGCUGCUGUACUUUGGUGAAGCUUUUGAAGAGUCUCUGUGAUUUCCCUAGAAAAUUUAUAGGUCUUCAUGGUUCAGUUAGUGUCUCUAUUAAUUAUGAUGAUGAAGAAUUGGAUGCUUGGGAAUUGGAAGCCAUAAGAUGGGCUAGAGUUGUAUUUCUGGUUAUCAAGGAGGAUCAUCAUUUAGAUCCCAUACUAACGGUCAUUCGAACAUAUGGCAAUGAUGUCUGCAAACAAGAAAUUCAACUUGAGUGCGUGCCUGUGAAGUAUCUCAUCCUUCUCUUGAGCUUAAUUCAGGAACUUCAGAUAGUGCAACAGAGGGUGGCUGACACUCGCAAGAAAGGUAGAACCAAAUCAGAACUUGACUUGCUAUACAAAGGGGAACUCUUCAGUUCAGCAGAAAUUCGUGUCAUUGUUGAGAAGUUUGUGCAGUUAUGCCUUUCUAUACUGGAGGGACUGGUUUCCUUUGCCACUUCAUCUAGUUCUAUAUUUUGGUCUGGUGUAUUGGAGGCUACCAAUCUUCCUUGUUCCAUAAAGGGAAAGCUUGGAGGACCAAGUCAGCGUCGAUUGCCGUUCUCUGCCACUACUGCUGUACUGCAAGCUAUAAUGUCGGUGAAGGCAGUUGCCGUUGUCUCACUAUGGUGUGUACAAUCGGAAAGUGAUGGUUUGCUGAAUUUUGCUUUCAAUUUUUUGUGGAACUUCUUUUGGAAGAUUGUUUCAUCGCCAACUUCUGAUUCAGAGGCUGAGGCAGAAAUUCAGCUGGCAGCGCAUGAAGCACUGGCUCAUGUUCUGAAAGCAGUUGUUUCUGGGUUCUCUUCAUUAGCUUUGAAUCUCAUAAUGGAGAAUCAUAUAUCCUCAUCCCUGAAAGCAGAAGGCAAAUCUGUACUAGAUUCCUUGGUUCUUUCUUUUCUUCAGAAUAUCAACACUCUAAUUGCAGUUGGAAAAUUGGUACGAACUAGACGGGCAACUUUGAUGAAUUGGAAGUGGAUUUGCCUUGAGUAUCUGUUGUCAAUCCCUAGACAUGCUUUUGAGAACGGAGUUCAUAUACAAACUAGUAGUUGGUUCUUCUCAGAUUCCACACUCCGUUCGGUAUUUCGUGAUCUUGUCGAUAGCCUUGAGAAUGCUGGGGAGGCUUCUGCUUUGCCCAUGCUGAGGUCUAUCAGCUUGGUAUUGGAGCUGUUUAAUCCUGGAAGGAUGCGUUCAGCUGUCUCCUCAAGCGAUGGCAUCGAUGUGCAGAUGAUGUGGCAUUUGGUCCAUUCUUCUUGGAUAAUGCAUGUCAGCUGCAAUAAGCGGAGAGUUGCACCUAUUGCUGCACUUUUAUCUUGUGUCUUGCAUUAUUCUGUGUUUGACAAGGAGUGGAUGCAUGAAACUAACAAUUCACCUGGGCCUCUCAAAUGGUUUAUUGAAAACAUUCUCAAGGAAGGCACUAAAAGUCCACGUACCAUCCGUCUCGCUGCGUUGCAUUUAACAGGGCUAUGGCUCUUAAAUCCCAAGACUAUCAAGUACUAUAUGAAGGAGUUGAAAUUGUUAACACUCUAUGGUUCUGUUGCAUUUGAUGAGGAUUUCGAAGCUGAACUGGCUGAAAAUCAUGAUGUGAGGAGAGAAGUAUCAUUAUUGGCAAAAAGCCCAGACCUUGAGCUGACUGAAGCAUUCAUCAACACAGAGUUGUAUGCACGUGUAUCUGUUGCUGUUCUGUUUUACAAGCUUGCCGAUUUGGCAGUUAUGGUUGGAUCGAACCUUGAAGAUAGUGAUUGUCAGGCUGCUUUGGAAUCUGGGAAAAUGUUUUUACUUGACCUUCUAGAUUUUGCGGUAAAUGACAAGGAUCUUGCGAAGGAGCUAUACAAAAAGUACAGUGGGGUCCAUAGGCGCAAAGUUCGUGCAUGGCAAAUGAUAUGCAUUUUGUCACCAUUUGUUGAUAAGAAUAUAAUGCUGGACGUUACAUGUAGCUUGCAUGUAGCCCUAUAUCGAAACAACCUGCCAGCUGUUCGCCAAUACUUGGAAACAGUUGCAAUCAACAUAUACAUGAAAUUUCCAUCACUGGCUAGGGAGCAAUUAGUUCCUAUCUUCCAAGAUUAUGAUAUGAGGCCACAGGCUCUGUCUUCAUAUGUAUUUAUAGCUGCUAAUGUCAUCCUCUAUGCAUCAGCAACAGUCCAAUCUAGUCAUUUGGUGGAAUUACUUCCUCCUAUAAUUCCACUAUUAACCUCACAUCACCACAGUCUACGGGGUUUUUCCCAGUUAUUGGUUUACCAAGUUCUUAACAAAUUAUUGCCUCCUUUGGAUUCAAAUUCUCAUGAAAUCGUGACUUUGGAAAGAAGGUGCUUUGAGGAUUUAAAAAGAUACUUGGCAAAGAAUUCUGAUUGUGCACGCUUACGAACAUCAAUGGAAGGUUAUCUUGACGCAUUUAAUCCCAAGGAGUCAGUGACCCCUGCUGGAAUAUUCUCUAGUCGGGUUGAGGAACUUCAGUUUGAAUGCGUUCCAACAUCUCUCAUGGAGCAAGUAGCUACAUUUCUCAAUGAUGUUAGGGAAGACCUCAGAUAUUCCAUGGCUAAGGAUGCUGAGACAAUAAACAAUGAGUGCUUAAGGAUUAAUGAAGAUCCAUUAUCUGUGAAAACAUCAGUGAAUGCGGACAAAGAGAAAUUGCCAGCCAUGCUGCCUAAGGAUUUACCAUUAGAUUUCCAAAAAAAGGUUACUAUCUCCAAACAUGGUAGGCAGGACACAGACUCUGAGAUUUUAUUGGGGAAAAAUGACACUUCCAAGCCUCUUAGAGAAAUGGAAAAGGAAGAUCAGCUUCUUGAUGAUUUGUUACAUUCAAGAAGUUUAGCUGUGGAAAAGAUAAGAGGAAAUCGACAGCACUUUAUCCUUGUGGCGUCACUACUUGAUCGCAUACCCAACCUUGCUGGACUAGCACGGACAUGCGAGGUAUUUAAAGCCGCAGGUUUGGCAAUUGCGGAUGCAAAUGUUGUAGAUGACAAACAGUUCCAACUAAUCAGUGUGACAGCUGAGAAGUGGGUCCCAAUCAUAGAAGUUCCGGUGAGUAAUCUGAAAGUUUUCCUACACAAAAAGAAGAGAGAGGGUUUUUCUAUCUUGGGUCUGGAGCAAACUGCAAACAGUAUUCCUCUUGACCAGUAUGACUUCCCUAAAAAGAUGGUCCUGGUUCUUGGCCGUGAAAAGGAGGGUAUACCAGUAGAGAUAAUUCAUAUUUUGGAUGCUUGCAUUGAAAUCCCUCAGCUGGGAGUUGUCAGGUCACUGAAUGUUCAUGUCAGUGGUGCCAUUGCUCUCUGGGAGUACACUCGACAGCAGAGAUCCGUAUAACCCUUCAUUCUUGCUGCUGACACUGGAAUGCCUCUGUUUCAGUUAUUAGGUCACUCAAUAUUCAUGUCAGCGGGCCAUUGCAGUCUGAGAGUAUACCCGACAACAUGAAACAAUAUAAGCUCAUAGUUUCAAGAUAAAAACAUCAUACGUUGGUGUUUUGGAUCCUUGCACUGGAAUCCCUCAGUGGGGAGUUGUUAGGCUCUCGUUUCUCAACAAUGUCCAUGUCAUUGGUGCUGAUAUGCUCUUGGAGUAUAAGCUAUUAGCACUUAUCUCCCUAUGCAUCCUCUUUUGGACCCAGGCUUAAUGCUUUAAUUUUCCAUGCAUCACAAGGAAGGCACUUGGUUGCCUGUGUAAUCUAUGUAAUAUUCAGUUGAAUAAAUUUGGGAUAUGAUUUAGGCCCAACUCUUUUUGGGAUAUGAUUUUCGUGGAAUUAAUCAGGUGUGCUGCUACUAACAUUCAGUUCCUUGAGAAAUUUGGAAUAAUGUGUUUACCAUUUUUAAUUGUAUUGUUUGGGCUCUAGAUUUGCCGGCA